UCCACUGCUUGCAAAGCGCAUUGUAAUAAUGAACAGAGCCGACCGCAAACCGGCGAAUACCACGGUGACGGCAGUCAGUCAGCCACAGUCAAUGAACACGUUGAAUCAAUCGCUGGCAAUCGGUCAGCUGGGUCGUCCACGCACAGCCGGUAUCAAAAUGGAACGCGUUCAGGAGCAGACACCAGCAAAGAAACGCCCCCUGGUUAUCACGACGACAAGGCCCACAACCCGCAGCGUAGUUUCGCAAGAAGCGGAGGAACUGACGGAAAAAGUAACGCAGGAGACUACGGUGCUGCACCAGAAGAAUCACGCAGGAGUCUCGAAGCAGCAGACCGAGGUAGUGGCGAGCGACGAAGGAUCAUGUCACUCGUUUGGCGGUGGGCAUGUAUACCCGCAGGAAGCACCACAAACCAUAGACCACAAACUACAGUACACGAAGGCCGUCAUUUCACGGCCUGCACCGGACUUCGAGGCAACCGCAGUGGUGGAGGGUGCAUUCAAGAAGAUUAAGCUUUCCGACUACCGCGGAAAGUAUCUGGUGUUUUUCUUCUAUCCGCUCGACUUCACCUUCGUGUGUCCGACGGAAAUCCUGGCCUUUUCCGAUCGCGUGGACGAGUUCAGGAAGCUCAACACUGAGGUGAUCGCGGCCAGCAUCGAUUCUCACUUCACUCACCUGGCGUGGAUCAACACACCGCGAAAAGAAGGCGGUCUAGGGAAGAUCAACAUUCCCCUGGUCAGCGAUAUCACGCACAGCAUUGCAAAGGAUUAUGGCGUAUUUUUGGACGAUCUUGGCCACACGCUGAGAGGACUGUUCAUCAUCGACAACCGUGGCAUUCUGCGACAAAUCACUAUGAACGAUCUUCCGGUGGGCCGAUCGGUGGAUGAGACGCUGCGAUUAGUACAAGCAUUCCAGUACACGGACAAGCACGGAGAAGUUUGUCCCGCUGGCUGGAAGCCCGGACAGGAUACGAUCGUACCUAAUCCGGAAGCAAAAAUUCGGUAUUUCCAGAAGAACAACUAAGACCGACGGAAAGCGUUCACUCCUGCUUAUGCGCGGAAGCGUCUGGAUGCGUAUAUGCUGGGAAUUUUUUGGGACAACUAAUCAACGAAAUAUAUGAUUUUACAUAUAAUUUACUUAAAACACAUGUUCGAGACAUUUUUGUUCUGCUUGAGUGAGCGCGCAUUUUGCUUUAUAUAAAAAAAACAAAUUAGUUCGAUCCGUUUAAUACUGUUAGUUUAGGAAAUUGUCA